AUGGGCACUAGCACCACCAUUUCAGUCCUGUUCUUGAUGCUCAUAGCCCUUCACAGUCCAAUCCAUGCCAAUCCCAUCAAAACCAUUGUUGUAAUUGUGAUGGAGAACAGGUCAUUUGACCACAUGCUGGGUUGGAUGAAGAGAAUCAAUCCAGAAAUCAACGGUGUGGAUGGCUCUGAGGCCAACCCUUUGUCCACAACUGAUCCAAACUCCAAGCGCUUCUUCUUCAAGAAUGAGUCUCACUAUGUGGACCCUGAUCCUGGCCACUCAUUUCAGGCCAUCAGAGAGCAAAUCUUCGGCUCAGAUAACACCUCAGCUGACCCGCCUCCCAUGAAUGGCUUUGCCCAGCAGGCUUUCUCCAUGGACAACACCACCAACAUGUCUCAAGAUGUUAUGAAUGGCUUCAACCCGGAUAUGGUUGCUGUCUAUAAAACUCUUGUUUCUGAAUUUGCAGUCUGUGACAGGUGGUUUGCCUCAGUGCCAUCCUCAACACAGCCGAAUCGCCUCUACGUGCAUUCAGGGACAUCAGCUGGGGCAACAAGCAACAUCCCAGCCCUUCUAGCCAAGGGCUAUCCACAAAGAACCAUCUUUGAAAGCGUUGACGACGCCGGAAUAUCCUUCGGAAUAUACUACCAAAACAUUCCGGCCACACUCUUCUAUAGGAACUUGAGGAAGCUCAAGUACAUAACCAAGUUCCACCUGUAUGACACCUUCAAGAGCCAUGCAAAGCAAGGGAAGCUGCCAGGCUACACUGUCGUAGAACAGAGGUACUUCGACGUCAAGAUUGCCCCGGCAAACGAUGAUCAUCCCUCGCACGACGUGUUCCAAGGGCAGAUGUUUGUCAAGGAGGUGUACGAGACACUGAGGGCGAGCCCUCAGUGGAACGACACCUUGUUGAUCAUCACUUAUGAUGAACAUGGAGGGUUCUAUGAUCAUGUAGCUACGCCGGUACAUGGAGUCCCUAGCCCCGAUGGGAUCGUGGGGCCGGAGCCUUUCUUGUUUCGGUUCGACCGGUUGGGAGUCAGGGUUCCGACCAUCAUGGUCUCACCCUGGAUUGAGAAGGGCACUGUCCUUCAUGGACCUAACGGAUCACCAUUUCCAACUUCGGAAUUUGAACACUCAUCCAUUCCAGCAACAGUUAGGAAGAUCUUCAACCUAUCUGCACCCUUAACAAAGAGGGAUGAAUGGGCUGGUACCUUUGAGGGCAUUAUUCAAACACGGACAGAACCCAGAACUGAUUGCCCAGAGCAACUACCAACACCAGUCAAGAUAAGAACAAGUGAGCCUAAAGAAGAUGCUAAGCUUACUGAAUUUCAGCAGGAGAUGACGCAACUUGCGGCAGUUCUAAAAGGAGAUAACAUAUUUACAAGCUACCCCAAAAAGACAGGGAAGGAGAUGACCGUCAAGGAUGGUAAGGAAUACGCAGAUGACGCAGUUAAACGAUUCUUCGAGGCAGGGCUUUAUGCUAAGAGAAUGGGAGUUAGUGAGGAACAGAUUGUCCAGAUGAGGCCCUCCCUUACUACAAGACCAUCACCCAUAGUUAACCAGACACCAUAA